GGAGGGCUGAAUGAGGGAUGGCUGAGGUCAGCGGCAGUACUAGACAAAUCUCCUUUUGAAAAAUGCGUCCGCACCACACUUACACACACGGAUAUGUACGUAUUUGGACCACUACCGAGCAAGCCACAUAUAAUAGACUACCCGUCAGCCCUGCAGAUCCGCGAUCACAGAAGAGGUAUAGAUGCUCCGGGUUGCCCUGCGAUUUAACAUGUCGGCAUCCCCCUCCUCCGGACCAUCUGCUUCCCCCUCUUCCCCCAUGUACAUCGAGCAAGUGCUGUUCGUAAUUGAGAGAAAAUCCGUACUCUGAUCUUUGUGACGGAGACCCCUCUUGCGAGUCUCCGCGGCCCAUAUCUGUUGCACACACCCCAUCUCGGAUACAAGCCAUCUGUAAAAGGGCCACCCCAAGAUCCCUGCCCGGACUGUCGUCGAAACCCCCUCGAUAGAUCGUCCACCCGGACGCCGUCCGACAGUCCCUUCGAUGGCGCCGUAUCUGACUCAGCCCAUGGCCUCCCACGGCAUAAACGGGCUCCUCUCUCCGCCGCUGACGCCCGGGAAACACGAAGGCCAAGACCCCCUCGCCAACGGCCAUGGCGACUACUCCCAGGCCCACUGUAUCGACCCGCCGGCCGACGAGAGGCGACCGUCCCUCCCCACGCGCAGCGGUGGCCAGUCCACCCCGCCGGACUGGACGGCGGCGGCCACCACCACUCAGCCCGACCGCCUCACCGUACCUCCCAAGCCCUCACCCGCACCCUUCCCGCAAGUCCACGUCCAAGACGUCCAAGACGAUGACGACGACGACGACGCAACCGCCACGGCGGCGGCCCGGAGCCGCAGCCGCAGCCGCAGCCGCGUCCGGGCUGGCGACGAGGAGCGGCUCCUGGGGACGCCGCCGCGGAUCUCGCUGCCCGUGGAGCUGAUGCGCGCCAGCUACGACUGCGUGGUGAUCGGGUCCGGGUACGGGGGCGGGAUCGCGGCGGCGCGGAUGGCGCGAGGCGGGCGGUCCGUGGGGCUGCUCGAGCGCGGGCGCGAGAAAUGGCCCGGCGAGUACCCCUCGGGCGCCGCCGAGGCGCUGGCCGAGCUGCACUGCUCCGGGGACUUCGCGCCCUUCGGGCUCGCUGGGAGGGCUGUUGGUGGGGGCGCGGAUCCGACGGGGCUGUAUCAUCUUAUCUUUGGGAAGGGGCAGAAUGCUGUUGUUGGGAAUGGUAUGUUGUUUUCGUGUGAACUGACAAGAAUUCUAGGCCUCGGCGGCACGAGCCUGAUAAACGCGAAUGUCUUCAUGGAGGCCGACAACAACACGCUGGGCAUGAAGAUGUGGCCCCCUGAGAUUAGGGACGAUGUCGAGGGAUUCAAAAGAUACUACCAGAAGGUCGAGGACGUCCUCGAACCCCAGGAAUAUCCCGACGACUGGCCCGACCUGAAGAAGUUGGAAGUGUUGAAGAAGCAAGCCGAGUACCUGGGCCUAGGCCAGCGCUUCAAGAAGGUCCGACAGACGACGCGGUUUACGAACGGCCCCAACAGCUGCGGCGUCGAGAUGUCGCCGUCGACCCUCUCGGGCCAGGACGCCACGGGGGUCAACGACAGCUCCAAGACCACCACGCUGGUCACCUACCUCGCCGACGCCUGGAACUGGGGCGCCGAGAUGUUCUGCGAGUGCGAGGUCAGGCACGUCGAGAAGGCCAAGGACCGCGAGGGAUACAUCAUCUACUUCGCCUGGCACGGCCGGAACAGGGGCCACUUCAAGGCGAACCUGCACGGAGAUCUCAUGUGGGUACACGCCAAGGAGGCCGUGUUCUUCGGCGCCGGCGCCAUCGGCACGACCGAGAUCUUGCUGCGGAGCAAGGCCAUGGGCCUCAGCAUGAGCGACCAGGUCGGUCUGAAUAUGAGCGGCAACGGCGAUAUCUUGGCAUUUGGGUAUAACACGGACGAGCCGGUAAACAGCAUCGGCCGCGCCUGCCCAUCUCCGUAUAAUCCUGUCGGUCCGACGAUCAACGGCGUCAUCGACUGUAGAGACACGAGCGAGAAUCCCCUGGAUGGCUUCGUGAUCGAGGAAGGCGCCGUCCCGCAGGCCCUAUCUCACCUCCUGCAGGCCAUGCUGGACCUCAUGCCCGGUAGCAAGGGGCCAAAGAACGAGAACAUUGUCCAAAGGACGCAGGCGGCGCUUGCUCGCUACGGGAGUCGCCUCCUUGGCCCCUAUUUCAAGGGAGGAGCCAUUGAGAAGACGCAGGUUUACCUGGUUAUGUCUCAUGACAGCAACCAGGCUAUUCUGACUCUGCAGGACGACAGGCCGGUGCUCGAGUUUCUCGGAGUUGGUCGAAGCGACCACGUUCGAAAACUGAAUGCGCUGCUUGAAAAGGCGACAGAGGCAGUCGGUGGCACGCUUGUGCAGAACCCCUUCUUCGCACUGAUGGGUCAGCAACAAGUGACGGUCCAUCCCAUAGGUGGCGCGCAUAUGGCCCGGGACGGCACGGGCGCGACAGGCGUGGUCAACCACGCCGGCGAGUUAUUCUCCGGACGCGGCAGCGAAACCCACAAGGGUCUCAUCGUGACGGACGGUGCCGUGGUCCCAGUUGCCCUCGGAGCCAACCCCUUCGCGACGAUCUCGGCGCUUGCCGAGCGCUCGCUCGAGCUCUACGCGGCGAGGGAAGGGCUGACCAUCAGCCAAGAGAAGAACGGCAUCCUCGACCUCUUCGGCGAGCCCCAGCACAAGCCCAAAGCCCAUCAGGCGUGCCACGACCUGGGGGCGGACGAGGAGACGCGGAGCAUCCUGUCCGCGACCGACGUUAUCGACAAGGCGGUUGCCAUCAAGGCCAGCGGAUUCGGCUUCACCGAAGUCAUGUCCGGCUUCAUCCACUAUGACGAGAACAUGAAGGAAGACGACCGCGCGACGUACGAGCUCGCGCACCGCACCGCCAAGAGCCUGUGCGAGAGCGCGCGGUUCUUCCUCAGCGUGCAGGCGUACAGCACCAAGAGCAUCGUGAACGACGCCCAGCACCGGGGCAUGUUGACGGGGACCUUCGUCUGCCCGACGAUCCCCGGGUCCCCGUUCAUGGUCCAGCGGGGCGAGUUCAACCUGUUCAUCCUCGACCGCAAGGCCCCCGGGACGCGGAACCUGACGUACGACUUCGACAUGACGGGGACCGACGGCAAGCGGCUGCACUUCCACGGGUACAAGGUCGUGGACUCGUCGGUGGCGCUGGCGCCCGUGGGCCUGUGGCGUUCCACCACGACGCUGUACGUGACGGUCAGCGAGCACGUGCCGGGCAUGACGGCCGACCUCGACGACGAGGAGGCGUGGCGCCGGGGCAAGGUGCUGGCCAAGGGCAUCAUGCACAUCCAGCCGGCCGACUUCCUCUCCGAGGUCAUGACCAUGACGCCGACGGGCAGCAGCCUGCUGAAGAAGGUGGUCGGCGCCGCCAGCUUCCUGACCUUCUUCACGCGGAGGUCCCUGUCGCUCUUCCUCGCGCCCUUCACGCCGCUGCAGUACCCGAGCCAGUCGUACAGCGGCUACAUCAACAACACGCCGCCGGACCGGUCCGUGGCCGUGCACGCGAGCGACGGCGUGUGCACGCGCAUGCACAUCUGGGAGCCGACGUCGUACCCGGGCGGCGACCCCAAGAACAUCCGGAACCUGUUCAUGAUCCCGGGCGCGGCCGUGGACCACCAGAUCUACGCGCUGCCGACGAUCCCCUUCAACGCCGUCAACUACUUCGCGCGGGCGGGCUACCGCGUCUUCGUGACGGUGCACCGCAUCGGCCAGCUGAUGGUUGCCGAGAACAUGUGGACCACGUACGACGCCCGGCUCGACCUGCGCGCCUGCCUCGAGGCCAUCCGCGAGGAGUACGGCCCGACAAAGGUGUACACGAUCGCGCACUGCAUGGGCAGCGUGGCCUUCAGCGCGGGCCUGCUCGACGGUACCAUCCCGGCCGACUGGAUCCUCGGCGUGACCUGCAGCCAGGUGUUUAUGAACCCGGUGUGGAACACGGCCAACCUGAUCAAGAUCAUGGCCAGCCCCGUACCUCUGAACAAAGUCUACGACCGGCUAGGCGGCGGCACCUGGUUCAGCUGCGGCACGUCCCCCGGCGACGGCCCCUUCCAGUGGGCCGUCAACCAGCUCCUGCGCCUGAUGCCCGACGACCGGCGCGAGCUGUGCAACAGCGCGGCCUGCCACCGGACCAGCUUCGUGUUCGGGCGGUGCUGGAACCACCGCAACCUCAACGAGGCCACGCACCGGCAGAUCGACCGCUUCUUCGGCGGCGUGAACAUGCGCCUGCUGGACCUGCUGAUGCGCCAGGGCGUCGGCGGCCACGCCAUGACCAACGCGCCCGAGUACGCCGACCUGACCACGCCCGACAACGUCGGCCGCCUGCGCGGCGUGCCCUUCCUGCUCUUCGUCGGCCGCGACAACGCCGUCCUGUCGCCCGAGGCCACGGAGCGCACGUACGAGGCCCUCUGCGACCGCUUCGGCGUCUCCGCCGGCAGGGAGGGCGCCGGGUCCGCCGCCGGCAUCGAGUAUCGCCGCCGCGUCGUGCCCGGGUACGGACACCUCGACUGCUGGAUGGGCCGUAACGCGUGGAAGGACGUGUACCCUUUUGUCAGGGAGGAGGUCGACCGUGUCACUAGGGGGGAGACGUACCGCUUCCAAGAGCCGGAUGAUGAGUUCAAGCGGAUGAUGGAUAGUGGGGAGUUGUUGUACUGA